GGCUUUAACAUAAAAUUUUUUCCAGUGAUACACAAUCUAAGAAUCUGAGUUUAUCCAAGAGCACUAAAUUGUAGCUAUGAUUACAUCCUAUUUUCCAAAAUAUGUGGCACCUUUUGCCCUCUUUGUCCUGAGUGUUGGCGCGCUGGACACGUUCAUUGCUGCAGUGUAUGAGCAUGCGGUUAUAUUACCAAACAGAACAGAAACACCUGUUUCUGAACGAGAAGCUUUGCUCCUGAUGAGCAAGAAUAUAGAUGUUCUUGAGAAAGCAGUUAAACUGGCGGCCACGCAGGGUGCUCAUAUCAUUGUGACCCCAGAAGAUGGAAUUUACGGCUGGGUCUUCACAAGGGAGACCAUUUACCCCUAUCUGGAGGAUAUCCCACACCCGGAAGUAAACUGGAUUCCAUGUACAGACCCUCAGAGGUUUGGCUAUGCCCCAGUGCAAGUAAGGCUCAGCUGCCUGGCCAAGGACAACUCUAUCUAUGUUGUGGCAAAUAUUGGGGACAAGAAGCCAUGCAAUGCCAGUGACCCUAAGUGUCCCCCUGAUGGUCGAUACCAAUACAACACUGAUGUGGUGUUUGACUCUCAAGGAAAACUGGUGGCACGCUACCAUAAGGUGAGAUUUAUUUGCGUCUCAGCGAAACUUGAUUACCUUGACUUCAUGGAUCUCAUAGGGGAAGACCGACAGUGGACGCUGGGGAGGAAGUUACUGCAGGUGAAUGACACUGUGACUUCAGAAGACACAGACCUUCGAAACAGCAAGAACUGCACUGAACCAGAUUUGUGUUUCUUUGUGUCACCGAUAGGGAGUGGAAUCUACGCACCGGAAGCAGUCCAGGUGUAUCACUAUGACAUGGAAACAGAGAGUGGCCAGCUGAUGCUCUCAGAAUUGAAGUCCAGGCCUCGAAGGGAACCCACCUUCCCUGCACCUGUUGACUGGAGUGCUUAUGCCAAAGGCAUCAAGCCAGUCUUGUCUGAGCAGUUGGAUUUUCCAGGGAUGAUUUAUUUUGAUGAGUUCACCUUCACUGAGCUUAAGAGAAAUGCAGGAAGUUACACAGUGUGCCAGAAAGACCUGUGCUGUCACUUAACUUACAAGAUGUCUGAGAAGCGAACAGAUGAGGUGUAUGCACUAGGAGCUUUUGAUGGACUGCACACAGUAGAAGGCCAAUAUUACUUACAGAUAUGCACGUUACUGAAGUGUCAAACCACUGACCUGAGAACUUGCGGGGAGCCCGUGGGAUCAGCUUUUACCAAGUUUGAGGAAUUCGCUCUCAGUGGCACAUUUGGAACGAGUUAUGUUUUCCCACAACUCAUUCUCAGUGGGAGUCAGCUUGCCCCUGAAAGACAUUAUGAGGUUUCAAGAGAUGGACGAUUGCAGAGCAGAAGUGGAGCCCCUUUGCCUAUCUUAGUCAUGGCCCUGUAUGGAAGAGUGUUCGAGAAGGACCCUCCACGCUUAGGGCAGGGACCAGGGAAAGUACAAUGAUCUCCUUUUACCCACUCCCUUUCAGAAUUAGCCUGGCAAAGAAAGGGAAAAGAAAAAAA